CCGAGCCUUCCUUCGACCCAGAGAGCACCAAGCAUGAGUGAGGCCAUCAAGCCGCUGCAGAGUCUGCUGGACGCCUUCGGCGCGCGUCUGGCGCGCGUGGAGGCGCAGCUGGGCGUGAAGGGCGCGCCCGUGCCCGCUGCCUCUGCUGCUGCGCCCGCCGCCGCCCCCGUGGAGCUGUCGCCGCAGCUCGAGGCGUACGACGAGUACGUGGCCCAGUACCUGCCGCCCUUCCUGGAGGUGAGCACCAAGCUCGGAGACGACACGCGCAAGCUCGGGGAGGUGACGGAGAAGGCCUUCGCGGCCCAGCGCGCGUACCUGCUGAUGGCCAGCCAGUGCAAGAAGCCGGCGGCGCUCAACCCGGAGCACCUCAAGGACCUACAGGCCUGCAUCAAGGAGAUCAACGCGCUGCGCGACAACCGCAGCGAGUUCGCCAACCACCAGAACAUGGUGAACGAGGGCAUCCAGGCGCUCGGCUGGCUCUGCGUCGAGCCCGCGCCCAAGCCCUUCAUCGAGUCGUACGUGGGCGGCUCGGACUUCUGGGGCAACAAGAUCCGCGUGCAGUACAAGACGUCCAACCCGGACCAGAUCGCCUUCGUCACGUCCUUCAAGAGCCUGCUGACGGAGCUCAUGGCCUACGUCAAGGCGCACCACACCACGGGCGUCACGUGGAACCCCAAGGGCGGCGACGUCGCCAGCUACACGCCUGCCGCUGCUGCUUCUGCGGCGUCCCCCGCCAAGGCUGCGGCGCCUGCUGGCGGCAUGGGCAGCGUCUUCGCGGGCAUCAAGUCCAUCGACCAGAGCGGUGGCAAGACGGCCGGACUCAAGAAGGUCACCAAGGACAUGCAGACCUGGCGCAAGGACUACAAGCCCGAGGGCGACGUCCCCACGCCGGCCGCCCCCGCUGCCAUCAAGAAGCCCGCCGCGCCCGUCAAGGUCACCAAGCCUGCUGUGUGUGAAGAGCGCAACGGCAACUGGCAGAUCGAGUACCAGACCGGCCCCGAGCCGCUGACCGUGAGCGGCAUCAACAUGAAGCAGCAGGUGUACAUCUUCGGCUGCGAGGGCGCCACGAUCCUGCUGGAGGGCAAGGCCAAGAAUAUCGUGUUCGACUCGUGCAAGAAGACCAAGCUCAUCUUCGACAACGCCGUGUCCAGCAUCGAGAUCGUCAACUGCAAGGGCGUGCAGGUGCAGUGCAAAGGCGUGGUGCCGUCCGUGGCCAUCGACAAGACGGACGGCUGCCUCGUGUACAUCUCGUGGGAGGGCCGCGAGGUGCAGUUCGUCACGUCCAAGAGCUCGGAGAUGAACGUGGCGUUCCCUGCGGGCGCAGGCAGCGACGACUACGUGGAGAAGCCGAUCCCGGAGCAGUUCGUGCACAAGAUCAUGGACGACCUGACCAUCUCGUCCGACGUCUCGGACCUGUACUCACACUAGAUCCAGUCCACGCGAAUGACACGCAGUGCUUGUGACGAGCGAGCUGGUGAGCUGCAGUUCUUCCACCUGAGCUUCCGACGUUCUCUUGGGCUGUUAUUUUUUUUCUUUCGUGCUCGUCGAGUAUGCUGUCGAGAAAUGAAUUGAGCUAUACUUUUGGCCC